UGUUCUUGUAUUCGUCCUCUCCCUCCUGUUUUGCUGUCUCUUUGCCCACCUGCCAGCUCCAAACACACACACACACCCACUGCUGCACACCUUAAUCUCACUGAAGCGAUGAUGAAGAUGUAAAGAGUCCCGGUUUGGCCGCGCUUCCUGGCAGAUGUCUCUCUCAUGGCCAAACCAACAGAUUACGUUUGAACCUCCAAUUAAGUUGGGCUGCAGAACCUGACGAAAAGAUACUGCCAGCCUCACGCUGGAGGAGUAAGAGGAGAGAAAGUUGGGGAGUAGACUGAGAAUGAGUCUGGUGGGAGGGAGCGUGCAGACAAAACACACAAGCUGGAUGCAGCCACUACAAGUGAGAGUUGGAGAAGAUGACAUCUUGGGGAGACACUGACUGAUAAGCCUCGUAAUCGCUGAUGAGAAACUCGAGAAGCUGAGGAAAGUCAGAGAAGAGGUCUGCAGCGGUCGGAGGGACGGAUCAGCUGCAGGAGAGAGUGAUUUCCCGAGUCCAUCCCGGUGAAUGAAUCGACGCGUAUCUCAUUGAAUCUGUGUCGGCGCGUGAUUGAUUGGCCAACGUGGGACUGAGCUCAGACUCCGGCAGUCAGCUGGCGAGUCGGGUCUCAGGCUACGCUAAUCCUCCCACUCCGGGUUGGAGUCUCGCUCAUUAAGGACUUUCUGUGACUGAGGAUAAGGAGACCAGAGGAGCGGAGCGCUGUCGUCCCCAACUUCAGUCAUGUCGAUGCUAAUCGUUACUCAGCGCAUCGAUCCCACCACCACCUCUAAAAUGGAGCUGGUGGGCAGCAACCCUCCGCAGAGGAACUGGAAGGGAAUAGCGAUCGCCCUCCUUGUCAUUCUGGUCAUCUGCUCGCUGAUCGUCACCUCCGUCAUCCUGUUGACACCAGGUGAAGACGACCAUCUGGCUCUGAAAGGCAAGGUUACGGUUGGAGACCUCUUUCGAAAAGAAUUCAAGGUUCAUGACCCAAACGCCAAAUGGAUCAGCAGUAAUGAGCUGCUGUACCGCAACCGAGAUGGCGACGUCGUCAAGUACAACGCCGACACCGACGAGCAAACUGUCUUGGUCCAAAACAAGAAAUUUGAAAUGUACAAGGCCAGCAGGUAUGAGGUGUCCCCGGACUUGAAGCAUGUGCUGCUGGCCUACAACGUCGCGCCGGUGUACCAGCAUUCCUAUACGGCAUUUUACAUCAUCUGCAGUCUGGAGACUCCAGAAACCUGGAACCUGAACCCUCCGGAGGUGCGAAAUGCUCAGCUGCAGUUCGCAGGCUGGGGUCCCCAGGAUCAACAACUGAUAUUUAUAUUUGAGAACAACAUCUACUAUCGGUCUAAGGUGGAGAGCCGAUCGAUUCGUCUCGUAUCUACAGGCAAGGAAAGCGUCAUCUUCAAUGGACUCAGUGACUGGCUGUAUGAAGAGGAGAUCUUCCACUCACAUAUUGCCCACUGGUGGUCUCCUGAUGGAGCCAGGUUAGCCUACGCUACCAUCAACGACACUCUGGUGCCGAAGAUGGAGCUGCCAAUGUUCACUGGAUCCCCCUACCCUAUGGGGAAGGAAUAUCCAUACCCAAAGGCUGGAGAGGAGAACCCGGUCAUAACGCUGUAUGUUGUGAACCUCAACGGCCCUCUGCACACCAUCGAGAUGAAACGACCUGAUGAUCCCAGGAUCGGUGAGUACUACGUGACAAUGGUGAAGUGGGCCACCACGACCAAACUGGCCAUUAACUGGCUGAACCGAGCCCAGAACAUUUCCAUGCUGACGCUGUGUGAGGCCACAACGGGAGUCUGCACAAAGAAACACGAAGAUGAAAGCGAAGGCUGGCUCUACAGGCAGAAUGAGGAGCCUCUGUUUUCUAAAGACGGCCUGAAGCUUUUCUUCACGCGCGCCAUUCCCCAAGGAGGCCGGGGGAAGUUCUUCCACAUCUCCAUGUCCGUCUCCCAGCCCAACACCAGCACCGACACGCUGCAGUCCAUCACAUCUGGAGACUGGGAUGUCACUCAGGUUCUGGCCUACAACGAGGAAAACCAGCUCAUAUACUUCCUGAGUACUGAAGACGGACCAAAACGAAGACAUCUGUACAGCGCCGACACGUUUGGAUCGUUUAACCGGCGCUGCCUGUCGUGCGCCUUGGCCGACAGCUGCGGCUACAUCAGCGGCUCUUUCAGCCACAACAUGAGCUACUUCCUGCUCAACUGCCAAGGUCCAGAUAUCCCUUUUGUGGCCGUGUACAAAACCCAGAGAGAUGCAGAAAGUGAGACACAAGACAGAGAAAGCAUUUCAGAGGUUUCUAAACUGGAGAGCAAUGAGAACCUCCGGCUGACGCUGGACUCCAUGCAGAUGCCCACAGUGGAGUACAGGGAGAUCAACAUGGACGACUACAUUUUGUCUUUAAAGAUCCUGAAACCCGCCGGCUUCAUGGAUACGUCCCACUACCCGCUCCUCCUUCUUGUUGACGGGACACCCGGUGGCCAGACGGUGUCUGAGCGGUUUGUGUUGGACUGGGCCACGGUUCUGGUGAGCAGCUUCGGCGCCAUCGUGGUGCGCUGCGACGGGCGGGGCAGCGGCUUCCAGGGCACCAACGUCCUGCACCGGAUCCAUAAGAAGCUGGGCGUUUUUGAGGAGCAGGAUCAGAAGGACGCUCUCGAUUUCAUUCUGAAAGAGCCUUAUGUGGACCAAUCCAGAGUCGGCGCCUUUGGACAGGUGUACGGCGGCUAUGUGACCAGCCUGUUGCUCAGCGGCGAGGAAUCGCCAAUAAAAUGCGGCUCUGUCCUCUCACCCAUCACCGACUUUGAAUUAUACGCCUCUGCUUUUUCUGAAAGAUAUCUGGGUCUGCCUAAACCGGAUCCCAGAUCAUACACGAUGGCAAAUUUAGCCCACCGAGCGUCUCAGUUCCUGGACAAGAAGUUCCUCAUCGUUCACCCGACAGCUGAUGAAAAAGUUCACUUCCAACACACAGCGAAAUUUAUUUCCCAGCUCAUUAGUGAAAAGGCCAACUACACCUUGCAGAUCUACCCAGACGAGGGUCACUUUGUCCACAGCGACGCAACAAGGCAGCACCUGAGUCAAUCCCUGGUGAAUUUCUUUGAGGAGUGCUUCAGGCUACCAGAAAGCGUGUUUGAGGAGGAGCUGGAAGAGGAGGUUGAGGACGAGGGUUAGAUUUUCUUCGACAGGCUGCCGUUUCUCUUUGCUCAUUCACUCCAUUUGGUCCGACAUUCCCUCCGUGUUGUAUCCGUGCCCGAGAGCGAGUUGUCCAUUAUGCAACCCUCAUCCUCCGUGUGUUUCGGUUGAACUCGCUGUGUCUACAACGCCGUCCAGCGGACGACGGAUCUGUCCUCCCCUGUUCAUCCGAUGGAUUUCCAAAAGCCUGAUGACCCACAGGAAGUCCAGAACCAGUCUCCUUUACAGCAGGAUGGACGUCUUUAAAAGCAACGGAGAGAAAGCUAAAGCCUACACACUGACUUUCAGGCUGUGAGGAGAAGAAACGUUACAGCACACAACCUACAUGGGCUUGUAGAUAAAUGAAAUUCAGAACCCUGGCGCUGAUCGGCAGUGUUCGUAAGGGGCGUCUGGAACUGCGAGGAUACAGGGAACUUUACUAUUUUUGAAGUCGUGAUGAACUUUUCAUGGACUGUGGUUGUCUCUGUUGUUAACAGUAUGUAAAAUAGCACACAAAUGCUCAUCUUUUAUUUGCGUCAACAAUGCUUUAGGUCAGUGUCUGUUUCAAUUAUGCUGGGACGAGUUUUACGGGGAAAGAAAUAAGCCAUUUUGUUUAGAUUAUACAUUUGACAUCGUUCCGUUUCGGUUUCCUCCGACAAUAGCAUUUUCUUGAUUUAUUCACGGUGCCUUACUUUAUCAGAAAACAUGAAGAUAAAUUGAUCUAAUACAAAAAAGCCAAGAUAGUGAUUCAGACCUUCAACCACAGUAUCUUACUGCAGCGAGUGAUUUAAUGGUUUUAAGCCUGGAAAGCAUGCAUGAAUGGAGUUUAGACAAACAUAGAAAACUUCCCAGCAAGGGUAUAAAAAUAUAAAUUACUAUAAAAGGGUCUUUUUUCAACUAGAGUUUACUUAGUUACUUUGUUUUUUUUUUUAGAAAAAGCAGCUUAUUUCUUUUUGAAAAUAUUUAUAUUACCUCCUUCUUACAUGAAACCAGGCUAAGGAUAAAUAUUCCUGAGCUUAUCUAGGUUGUUAUUUGCUUGCUUUCCAACAACUACUUUUUAAAAACUGACAUUUUUGCCCACUAGUUUUAAAACUAAAAGCAAAGCGAAGCUGCAAGAUCUUAUAGCUAAUGAUCAGCGUGGUGCUUGUUUUACUUUGCACAAAAACUAAAUGUCCUUUAAUAGCAUUUCUAAUGCUAAAUGUAACAUUAUUUUUGCUUUUAAUAGUGUUUUUAACUUUCUAGCAGUGCGGGUAAUUUUAUUUUUCUGCUAGUUUCAUAUCAGCCGUUCAACUUGGCUGACAUCUUUAUGCUAAUCUAUGAUUAUUCUCUAUAAUGUCCAAAAUUAGGUUCAUUUCAAUGCAAUAUUUGAAAAGUAAAUAUUUGGGGGUAACAUGACAAAUUUUGUUAUUUCUAAUAAUUUUAAAAACUGAGUGAAUUGAACGAAGUUUGGGAUUAUUUUCAUUUAACAGUAAAUACCAGGUUACACAUAAAUUUCACGUCUGCAGAGGAAGCCAAGCUAAUCACUGAAAUGAAUAUAUCAGGCACAAGUUUAUUUAUUUAUGUUGCACUCCAGUGCAUGUUCCGACAUGCUUUGCUACGUUAUCCGUCAUUUCUCAGUUCGUCAUCGUAAAGUUUGACAUCCUGAAUGUUUUUUUUACAGAACUGCAUAAACUAUAUUUGCAGUAGUAUUGUGAUUGAGAUCACGGUCUCGUUAGCUUGAUGUGUAAAUGUUCUACUAUCAUUUUAUUUUGAGAAGAAGAGGAAGAAGAAAAACAAUGUUAUCCGAGUCUUACUAGUGCAUAACAUACUUUGGACGUUACGUUCGGUUGUUCAUUUUUGUUCUCCUUUUGCCGUCGUUGAACUGAGCUGGAAGCGGACUUUAUAAAUGGCCAAUGGAAACAAACUUUCUUUCUACACAUGGAGGACUUUUUCCAAGAUGUUCAACUUUGUUAUCCAAAGCAUACAGGGAUGUCAUUGGCAGAUUGUGGCAUGAAAGUAAGUGUUAGAAUAAAAAAGUAGAUAUUUUAUCAGUCA